GCGAGGCAUCGCCUGUCUCCGGCUCGGUCGUUCCCGCGCGCCGGCCCCGAGCCCCGAGCCCCCGGCCACCUGGGGUCCUUGGAAAUCUCCGCGCCUCCGCGAGCAAGGAAACUGCAAGCUGUUCGUUUUGCCACCGUCUAAUUAAUUCAGCAUUAUUUCACCGUGAACUUCAACCAUGAGAAUCAGAAAACCCUGGAGCUGCGGACGGAGGAUGCCAAGGACUGCGACGAAUGGGUGGCAGCAAUAACUCACGCCAGAUUGUGGAAACGGAGAAAACCGUUGCCAAGCAACUUAGACAACAGAUUGAAGACGGGGAAAUCGAAAUCGAGCGCCUGAAAUCUGAGAUCGCCUCCUUGCUCAAAGACAACGAGCGCAUCCAGUCCAUUCAGACCAGCGCGCCCAACGACGACGACAGCGAUAUCAAGAAAAUUAAAAAGGUCCAGAGCUUCCUGCGCGGCUGGUUGUGCAGGAGGAAGUGGAAGACGAUCAUCCAGGACUACAUCCGCUCGCCGCACGCCGACAGCAUGAGGAAGAGGAACCAGGUGGUGUUCAGCAUGCUGGAGGCCGAGGCCGAGUACGUCCAGCAGCUGCACAUCCUCGUCAACAACUUCCUGCGCCCGCUCCGCAUGGCGGCCAGCUCCAAGAAGCCGCCCAUCACGCACGACGACGUCAGCAGCAUCUUCCUGAACAGUGAAACCAUCAUGUUCCUGCACCAGAUCUUCUACCAAGGCCUGAAAGCGAGGAUCUCCAGCUGGCCGACGCUCGUGCUGGCCGACCUGUUCGACAUCCUGCUGCCCAUGCUGAACAUCUACCAGGAGUUUGUGCGCAACCACCAGUACAGCCUGCAGAUCCUGGCACACUGCAAGCAGAACCGCGACUUCGACAAGCUGCUCAAGCACUACGAGGCCAAGCCCGACUGCGAGGAGCGCACGCUCGAGACCUUCCUCACCUACCCCAUGUUCCAGAUCCCCAGAUACAUCCUGACGCUGCACGAGCUGCUGGCGCACACGCCUCACGAGCACGUGGAGAGGAACAGCCUGGACUACGCCAAGUCCAAGCUGGAGGAGCUUUCCAGGAUCAUGCACGACGAGGUGAGCGAGACGGAAAACAUCCGGAAGAACCUGGCGAUCGAGAGGAUGAUUAUCGAAGGGUGCGAGAUUCUCCUGGACACCAGCCAGACCUUUGUCAGACAAGGCUCCCUCAUCCAAGUGCCGAUGUCGGAGAAGGGCAAGAUCACGCGGGGACGGCUGGGCUCCCUGUCCCUGAGGAAGGAGGGCGAGAGGCAGUGCUUCCUCUUCUCCAAGCACCUGAUCAUCUGCACCAGGGGCUCGGGCGGAAAACUGCAUCUAACCAAGAACGGCGUGAUCUCGCUCAUCGACUGCACCUUGGUCGAGGAGCAAGAGAGCACAGAUGAGGAAACGAAAGCAUCGGGGCAAGACGUCGACCACCUGGACUUCAAAAUCGUGGUGGAGCCCAAGGACUCGCCGUCUUUCACCGUCAUCCUCGUGGCCUCUUCCAGGCAGGAGAAGGCUGCCUGGACCAGCGACAUCAGCCAGUGCGUGGAUAACAUCCGGUGCAACGGCCUCAUGAUGAACGCCUUCGAGGAGAACUCCAAGGUCACCGUCCCCCAGAUGAUCAAGUCCGACACCAGCUUGUACUGCGACGACGUGGACAUCCGCUUCAGCAAAACGAUGAACUCUUGCAAGGUCCUGCAGAUCCGCUACGCCAGCGUGGAGCGGCUCCUGGAGCGGCUCACGGACCUGCGGUUCCUGAGCAUCGACUUCCUCAACACCUUCCUGCACUCCUACCGCGUCUUCACCACCGCCCUGGUCGUCCUGGACAAGCUCAUCACGAUCUACAAGAAGCCCAUCAGUGCCAUCCCUGCCAGGUCCCUGGAGCUGCUGUUUGCCAGCAGCCAGAACAACAAGCUCCUCUACGGCGAGCCCCCGAAAUCGCCCCGGGCCAACCGGAAGUUCUCCUCGCCACCACCCCUGUCCAUCACCAAGUCCUCGUCACCCAGCCGGAGGAGGAAGCUGUCCCUCAACAUCCCCAUCAUCACCGGGGGCAAGGCGCUGGACCUGGCGGCGCUGAGCUGCUCCUCCAACGGCUACGCCAGCAUGUACUCCUCCAUGUCCACCUUCAGCAAGACCACCCUGGACAUCAACAAGCUCUACGUGUCCAGCAACUACCCCAACAAGAUCCCCGACGAAGGGGAGGCGGCCGCGGAGAAGCAGGAGGACUCGCCGCUGAACAAGCAAAGCUCCGAGGUGUCGGUGAGGGAAGAGUCGGACACGGACCAGAACCACAGCGACGAGGCCGAGGCCGAGACCUCGCCGACCAAGUCUCCCACGACUCCCAAAUCCGUCAAGUGCAAAAACUCGUCAGAUUUCUCCUUGUUUUCCUAUAACAACGGAGUCGUCAUGACGUCCUGCCGCGAGCUGGACAACAAUCGCAGCGCCCUGUCAGCCGCCUCCGCCUUCGCCAUUGCCACGGCAGGGGCCAAUGAAGGCACCCCCACCAAGGAGAAGUACCGGAGGAUGUCGUUAGCCACUGCAGGCUUCCCCCCCGACCAGAGGAACGGCGACAAGGAGUUUGUCAUCAGGAGGGCAGCAACCAACAGGGUCCUCAACGUGCUGCGGCACUGGGUCUCCAAGCACUCGCAGGACUUUGAAACCAAUGAGGAACUCAAGUUUAAAGUGAUAAGCUUCCUGGAAGAAGUUAUUCAUGAUCCAGAGCUGUUGACCCAGGAGAGAAAAGCGGCAGCCAAUAUCAUAAGGACUUUGACGCAGGAAGACCCAGGAGACAAUCAGAUAACGCUGGAGGAGAUCAUACAGAUGGCGGAGGGAGUGAAAGCGGAGCCCUUUGAAAACCACUCGGCUCUGGAGAUAGCAGAGCAGCUGACACUGCUGGAUCACUUGGUCUUCAAGAAGAUCCCGUACGAAGAGUUCUUUGGACAAGGCUGGAUGAAGCUGGAGAAGAACGAAAGGACGCCGUACAUAAUGAAGAACACGAAGCACUUCAAUGACGUCAGUAACUUGAUCGCCUCCGAGAUUGUCCGGAACGAGGACGUCAACGUGAGGGUGAGCGCCAUCGAGAAGUGGGUGGCGGUGGCCGACAUCUGCCGGUGCCUGCACAACUACAACGCCGUCCUCGAGAUCACCUCUUCCCUCAACCGCAGUGCCAUCUUCCGGCUCAAGAAGACGUGGCUCAAAGUGUCCAAGCAGACGAAGGCGCUCAUCGACAAGCUGCAGAAGCUGGUGUCGUCGGAGGGCAGGUUCAAGAACCUGAGGGAAGCUCUGAAGAACUGCGACCCGCCCUGCGUCCCCUACCUGGGCAUGUACCUGACGGACCUGGCCUUCAUAGAGGAGGGGACCCCGAAUUACACGGAGGACGGCUUGGUGAACUUCUCCAAGAUGCGGAUGAUCUCCCACAUCAUCCGAGAGAUCCGCCAGUUCCAGCAGACCUCCUACAAGAUCGAGCAUCAGCCCAAGGUGACGCAGUACUUGCUGGACCAGUCGUUCGUGAUGGACGAGGAGAGCCUCUACGAAGCCUCCCUACGGAUAGAGCCCAAGCUGCCGACCUGAAGGCGAGGGGCGGGCGGCAGCCCCGUGUACACAUGCUAUAUCAUAUGUAUAUACCUACUCGUUUCUGUUGGACGCCCUAGAUUGACUUCGUAGUAUGUGCUUCUCGGAGGAAACCUCUCCGCCUUGUUAUUAGACCCCCGUAGACCCUGGCAUAGGCCUCCCUGCAUUGUUUUAAGGAUUCACGCAUAAACAUUGUUGGAUACAGUCCCGGUUUAUUUUAAUCGAUGUUAUUUUUGUCAUUUGUUCUUCUGGGGCGGGGGGCGGGGAGGGACCGGGGGGAGCAGGAGGGAAGGGGAGAGCAGGCACCCCCAAGCGAUCACGUGUACAGCUCUAGUCACCGUCCUCUGGCGCCCCGAACACGGCCGUGGUGUUGGACACGCGAUCCGGGCACGGGUUCAGCAUGCCUCACGUACCCCUCGCCCCCGCGCCGUGUGCUCCGGGGAGCCAGCGCCGCCGGGUCUCGGUGGCCCCGUCCCGGGGGCAGCAGGACGGUCAAGGGAAUGGGACCGCUGACACGUGCAGUACACGGUCCGCCACGCAGAGCUCAUGCAGUCGGGGAGCGGAAAUGCAUCUUUUUCCUUCUUUAGCCGCAUCUCACUCACGGCAAGCUCCUGUUGAUAUGCUCUCCAUCUGUAUCCCUGGUGACUAUUAGUAACACGAUGUAGAAUUAGAACAAAAUGACCGAGUGUUUUUAUUACAUAUACUGUAAUCCUGUAAUUCUUCUAGCAGGAAUAUAGUAAUGUAGUGCUUAUUCUGUGAAUAUUUACCAUGUAUUUUUUACAUUGUACAGUAUAUAAACACAGUUUAACUUGAAAGUGGCAGGCAUGCUCCACGAGAACAAACGAGACUUUUGCUGUAAGCAAUACCGAGUGGUAUGAGAAUUCUAUUUCAAGCCCUACAAUAUUUCAACUUACAGCUUGUUUGGAAAAAUAUUUCCAUUUUUGUAAAAAUAUAUGUUUCCUGAUUACCUCUUGCUAAUAAAUCUAUUCUAUCUCAGGGUGAACGGGGACUUGAGAGGUUUCUUAUCAACCUCCGUGCUUACACAUGUCUGUUCUGGUGAAGGGUCGUUUUGCUAGCGCCUACCAGGCGCCUCGUUUAGGGGGCAGAUGCGAACGUGAACGCCGGGUCUGGUCGGACCACGGGCUUGUUCCUGCGAGGGGCUGAGGCCCAUCAGGGCUCGUUAGCUUCAGGAGUUCAAGGUAAGGAUGUUUCCACUAAACCAGCGAUCGGACUUGCAUUGGCACGGAGAGUGCGAUGUGACCCGGUCGUGUGUGUGUUAGUACAAGAGCCCCGAGCAGAGAGCAAAGAGCUCCCUGGGAGUGUGAGUGUGUGUGGUGGGGGUUGUGUCUGUGGCAUUUCCUUGGAGGUGGGUGAUGAGAUGGUUUUCUCACCCUGCUCUGCAGUCCAGUGUCCAGCAGUUUCUUGUGGAGACGCCGUUCUUCCUAGAAGUGGCUCUUAGAGACUGAUUUCUGUCCAUGCAUUUGAGCAGAGAGAUUUUCUUCUCAGGCUGAGAAUAAUAGGGUUGGAGGGAGCUCAGGGGGUCACAUCUAGUCCAACCCCUGCUCCAAGCAGGACCAGCCCCAACUCCAUCAUCCCAGCCAAGGCUUUGUCUACCUGGGUCUUCAACACCUCCAAGAAUAGAGAUCCCACAACUUCUCUAGAUGACCCGUCCCAGUACCUCACCACGCUUCUAGUGAGAAAGUUUUGCCUAAUACCCAACCUCAACUUGCCUUGCUGCAGCUUGAGCCCAUUGCUCCUUGUCCUGCCAUCUGCCCCCACUGAGAACAGUC